CGUGACGACAAUAAAAGUGUCAUAUGUAGGUUCUGGCUGUGCAACAAGACGUGUUUCCAUACCCAGCAAACAUGUGGUACAAAGUGCUAGGCGUUGUCUCUCUAUGUAGUGUUUAUGUGAGCACACAAGUGUCCAGUCUGCAGUGUAAGGUUGCAGGCGACGGAGACCUCAUCCCGAUCAGGACGCCAGAGUACAGAGCAUGGGUGCCGCUAGGCGAAGUUGGACUUAACGUCAAUGACUCCAAAGUUCUUGUUUUCGCCGCUAGGUCCUGUUUUGGGGCUCACAUCUUACUCCAGAACGAUGCAGCGGACUUCAAGAAUUCUGUUUAUGAGGUUGUCAUUGGAGGAAUGAAAAACACCCGAUCAGGAAUACGGCAAUGUGUUGGGUGUAAGUUCGAUGAAUGGGUGAAAGACAAGAGCCUCAACUGCCGCUUCUUCAACUACUUCUGGAUUUCCUGGUGCGGGGAUGAGCUAUGGGUGGGGCGGGGAUACAAACCCCCGCAGGACCGGUUCCUCCGACACAAAUUCGAGAAUCAACAUGUCAUCAACGCAGCUAGUAUCAGGAGCGAGAGCGAUACUUUCUGGGCCCUGUAACACCGUUGGUACGCCCUCUUGUAGAGUUCUGCCGAUGCUGGUACAUCUGUUUGAACCGUUCUACACUUACUCUAUGAUAGCAGCUUCCCCGGAACGACGACACACAAUUUAUAUUCCUUAAAGUAUUGUACAAUUUGCUGAUAUAUAGUUUCACAUAUAUAUAUAAUAGUUACAAAUAAAAUAAAAAUGAUAUCGAUUACGCAAAGGAACUAUACGACUGAGAUACUGUUUCGAUCUUUUAAGAUUUAGAUCAUUAUUACUUCAAAGAAUCAUGGCAGAUUACUGAAGCAAAUACAAGUAUGAACCUAAUACGAUUUUCAUCAGAAUUAACAUUGAUUUUGUUUUUGUCGUAUCAACCCUGUGCUGUUGUACAUUGCACCCUUGUGUUCAGAAGAAAUAUACUUGAUGCAUACAGGUA